CGAGGGCCAGAUUUGACAACCCCUGUGCAACCUAGCCAAUGCUAGACUGCCUCUCUAGUACCUCUGACAGAUGCUCCCAGUGUCGGUGUAACAAGAGCUUGCCUCAUCACCAUAAACUGGCAUUUAAUGAUCUGCAACUGGGAGGAGGGAAGCAAGAUGGCGGAGGAGUAGGCGACCUUGUUUCCACUGGUCCCCGGAAUUGAGCUGGAUAUCUACCAAACCAUCCUGAACACCCACGAAACCAGCCUGAGAUGUAAGAAGAUACAUCUGGAUCUCUACAAGCAGAAAAACGCCACCAGGCGCGAGAGGCACAAAGGGCAGAGACGGGCCGGGGCCCCUGGGUCGACCUCUGUGAAGGUUGCUGUGAGCGUGCACCGUGGGGAGGCUGCGGUUGUCACCGGCGCUUACAGAAACGGAGACUGUGUGUUCUGGAGGGUUCAGAGAAGAGCAGACGGAUUUCUCUGCUCCGGGACAGAGGUUUGGGUGCAGCCAUUUUUGCUCUGACCCCCAGAAGAGGCGGAAGAGGCGCUGAAAGCCACCAGAGAACAAAAGCUCAAAAACUCAAAAAACCGGUUUCCAAGGAGCCCAUUCCCCCUCCACCACCACCCAGGCAACUCUGACCAAGCCGGGUUGCCUGAGAAACAGCGCGGCAGGCCCCUCCCCCAGAAGAUAGGCUGGAAGAACAAGAGGGUAACAACCCGAGGGGCCCCAUAAAAACUGUAAAACCCCAACACCAGGGGAAAAUAGUAUAUUGAGCUCCAGGCAUUGCCUCAUGGCUUGUGAAUUUUUCAGAUACAACUCUCUUUUUCUUUUUAUUCUUUCUCUUACGCUUCUUCUGUUUUUUUUUUUCUUUUUACCUUUUUCUCAUUUCAGCUAGAUGUUCAACAUAUCAACUUAUAUUUCAUAGUAGCUUUUUAACUUGUACUUUCUCACACCUACAUUUUUUUACAGAUAUAUGCUUUAGUGUAGUCCUUUCCCCAUUCAAUAUUACCUUUAUAUAUAUACCAGUUUUACUUUCCCUGGAUUUCUGGGAAGUAGUGUCCUCUAACAAACAGAACAAAAUACACCCAAGAAGAACUGAAACAUCCUACUUUGCCCACACUGAGAGAUUAUAGCCCCCCUUCUCUUCACCCCCUUUUUAAAAUUUAUAAUUUAAAAUUUUUUUUAAUUUUAUAAAUUUUAUUCUUGGGUUUCAUUUUGGCUUUGUUUUUUCAGUGGUGGCUUCCGACCACUCCAGAUUUUCCUAGGGUGCAUCUUGCCUGGGUCGUGGUUGGUAUUUUGGACUCUGUACAUUCCCUCAACCAUCCCUCAACAGAAUGACUAGGAGGAGGAAAUCCCAACAAAGAAAAGAACCAGAGACAAUGGCCUCUGCCACUGAGCUAACAGAUAUGGAUAUAAGAAAGAUGUCAGACAUAGAAUUCAGGGUAGCACUUAUGAAAUCAUUAGCUAGGCUUGAAAAAAACAUUUGUGACAAUAUAGAAUCUCUAAGGGCAGAAAUGAGAUCUAAUUGCACUGAACUUAAAAAUGCUAUGAAAGGGAAGUGGUCUAAACUGGAUACUCUUAACAGCUAGGGCAAAUGAGAAAGAAGAACGAAUUAAUGAUCUAGAAGAUAAGCUGAUAGAAAGGAAGGAAGUCAAGGAUAGGGGUAAACAACUAGAAGCCCAUGAGAUCAGUGACACCAUGAGAUGUUCCAAAGUCAGAAUUAUUGGGAUCCCUGAGGGGGUGGAGAGAGAGAGAGGACUAGAAGGUAUACUUGAGCAAAUCAUAGCUGAGAACUUCCCUAAUCUGGGGAAGGAAACAAGUAUUCAUGUCCAAGAGGCAGAGAGGACCCUUCCCAAGACCAAUAAAAAUAGACCAAUGCCCCGGUAUAUAAUAGUAAAACUUGCUAAUCUUAGAGCCAAGGCAGCUAUCCUGAGAGCAGCUAGGGGGAAGAGAUUUCUUACCUACGGAGGGAGGAACAUCAGAAUAAUGUCAACAGAGACCUGGCAAGCCAGAAAGGGCUGGUAAGACAUAAUCAGGGUACUAAAUGAGAAGAACAUGCAACCAAGAAAACUUUAUCCAGUAAGGCUGUUAUUCAGAACGGAUGGAGAGACAAAGAGCUUCCAGGACAGGCAGAAACUGAAAGAAUAUGUAACCACCAAGCCAGCCCUGCAAGAAAUAAUAAAGGGGGAUUCUAUAAAAGUAGAAAGACCCCAAGAGUAACAUAGACCAGAAAUUUACAAUCUAUAGAAAUGGGCUUUACAGGCAAUAUGAUGGCACUAAAUUCAUAUCUUUCAGUAGUUACUCUCAACAUGAACAGCCUAAAUGCUCCCAUGAAAUGGCACAGGGUUGCAGAUUGGAUACAAAGACAGGACCCAUCCACAUGCAGUCUACAAGAGACUUAUUUGGAACCUAAAGACACCUCCAGAUUGAAAGUGAGGGGAUGGAGAACCAUUUAUCAUGCCAAUAGACCUCAAAAGAAAGCUGGGGUAGCAAUUCUCAUAUCAGACAAAUUAGAUUUUAUUUUAUUUUUUAAAGAUUUUAUUUAUUUAUUUGAGAGAGAGAGCACAAGAGGGAGGAGCGGGAAAGGGAGAAGCAGACUCCCUGCUGAGCAGGUAGCCCGAUGCGGGACUCGAUCCCUGGACUCCAGGAUCAUGACCUGAGCCGAAGGCAGUCGCUUAACCAACUGAGCCACCCAGGCGCCCAGACAAAUUAGAUUUUAAACCAAAGAUUGUAGUAAGAGAUGUAGAGGGACACUAUAUCAUACUUAAAGGGUCUAUUCAACAAGAAAAUCUAAAAGUUGUAAAUAUCUGUACCCUCAACAUGGAGCAGCCAACUACAUAAGCCAGAUGUUAACCAAAAUAAAGCAACAUAUUGAUAAUAAUACAUUUAAUAGUAGGAGAUCCUAACAUUCCACUCUCAGCAAUGGACAGAUCAUCUAAGCAGAAGAUCAACAAAGAAACAAGAGCUUUGAAGGACACAUUGGACCAGAUGGACUUCGUAGAUAUAUGCAGAACAUUCCACCCUAAAACAACAGAAUGCUAAUUCUUCUCGAGCAUACUUUCUCUGGAAUAGACCACAUACUGGGUCACAAAUCAGGCCUCAACUGAUACCAAAAGAUUGAGAUUAUUCCCUGCGUGUUAUCAGAGCACAAUGCCUUGAAACUGGAACUCAAUCACAAAAAAAUUUGGAAGGAAUUCAAACAUGUGGAAAUUAAAAAGCAUCCUACCAAAGAAUGAUUGGGUCAACCAGGAAAUUAAGGAAGAACUUAAACAAUUCAUGGAAACUAAUGAGAAUGUAAACACAUCGGUCCAAAACCUAUGGGAUACUGCAAAGGUGGUCCUUUCAGCAAUGUGGCAGAAUACAAAAUCAAAACCACAAUGAGAUACCACCUUACACCAGUUAGAAUGGCAAAAAUCAACAAGACGGGAAACAACAAAUGUUGGAGAGGAUGUGGAGAAAGGGGAACCCUCUUACACUUGGUGGGAAUGCAAGCUGGUACAACCACUCAGGAAAACAGGAUGGAGGUUCCUCAAGAAGUUAAAAAUAGAGCUACCCUAGACCCAGCAAUUGCACUACUAGGUAUUUACCCCAAAGACACAGAUGUAGUGAAAAGGAGGAGUACAUGCACUCCAAUGUUCAUAGCAGCAAUGUCCACAAUAGCCAAACUGUGGAAAGAGCCAAGAUGCCCUUCAACAGACGAAUGGAUAAAGAAGAUGUGGUUCAUAUAUUCAGUGGAAUAUUACUCAGCCAUCAGAAGAGUGAAUACCUACCAUUUGCAUCAACACGGAUGGAACUGGAGGGGGUUAUGCUCAGUGAAAUAAGUCAGUCAGAGAAAGACAAUUAUCAUAUGGUUUCACUCAUAUGUGGAAUAUAAGGAAUAGCACAGAGGACCAUAGGGGAAGGGAUUGAAAAUUGAAGGGGGAGAAAUCAGAGAGGGAGAUGAAACAUAAGAGACUAUGGACUCCGGGAAACAAACAGGGUUUCAGAGGGGAGGCGGGUGGGGGGAUUGGGUCGCUGGGUGGUGGGUAUUGAGGGCACAUGUUGGGAUGAACACUGGGUGUUAUACACAACUAAUGAAUCAUUGAACACUACAUCAAAAACUAAUGAUGUAUUAUACGGUGGCUAAUUGAACAUAAUUUAAAAAAAUGAAGGGGCACCUGGGUGGCUCAGAUGGUUAAGCGUCUGCCUUCGGCUCAGGUCAUGAUCCCAGGGUCCUGGGACUGAGCCCCACGUCUGGCUCCCUGCUCAGCGGGGGGCCUGCUUCUCCCCUUUCCUCUACUUCUCCCCCUGCUCGUAUUCUCUCUCUCUCUCUCUGUAUCUCUGUAUCUCGAAUGAAUUAAAAAAAAGAAGAAAAAAAAUUAUCUGCACCUGAAUCCUUUUAUUUAUUUAUUUAUUUAUUUGAGAGAGAGAGAGCACAUGAGAGGGGGGAGGGUCAGAGGGAGAAGCAGACUCCCCACCGAGCAGGGAGCCCGAUGCGGGACUCGAUCCAGGGACUCCAGGAUCAUGACCUGAGCUGAAGGCAGUCGCUCAACCAACUGAGCCACCCAGGUGCCCCUGCACCUGAACUCUUGUGCGGGCUUCUCCAGCCUAAAAAAGCUGAUGUGAGUGGUGCCUGGCUGGCUUGGUGGGAAGAGCAUGCAACUCUUGAUCUUGGGGUUGUGGGUUCAAGCCCCACCUUGGGUGUAGAGAUUACUUAAAAUCUUAGGGAAAAAAAAAAAAAAGCUGAUGUGAGUUUCCAUGGAUACGUUUUCUGCAAGUCCUGUGAAAAAUACACCAGCAGCUACCACCAUUGCUAAGCUCCAGCCUGUGAGUACCCCCCACCGCUGCCAUUUUCCCAAUGCCCUGAGAAAGUGGCCUGAUGCCCUGGGUGUGCCAGGUCACCUGUUCUGACAACCCACAGCUCCAAGUUGGAUUCAAGAGACAGCUAGCAGUCCUGCAAAUAGGAGCAUGCCUUUUUGCAGGGAUGCCAGGCUUGCAAGGGGGCUUAAAACCAAGCCUCUCUUCUAACCCGGAAAGAGAGGCUUUACAACAACCUGAGGGAAUAUGAAAGAAGCCCCUUCCAGCUGGCACUUGGAUAUGAGGAACGGUAAUUUAGAGAAGAUAAAAGAAAUAGGUAUUAAAGAUUCUUAUACACCUAGGUAUUCUUCAGAAUGGGUAUCCAUUAUAUGCUCCUUUUAAGUCUUACCAGUUCCUCCAAGAUGCUCCCUCUAGCCUUCUCUCACCCUCUUCUCCCUGUACAUGUUCCCCCUUGCUCUUUUCCUUCAGCUCUCCUCCUUCCUUCCUGGGUUCAGUACACCCCCCCCAACGGCAAGCAAGAAUUUGCUUUUGAGCAGCCCCCUCUUCCCUUGUUCUGCUCCCCAGCUGCUGCUGUGUAAGGUAGAACCUGCAUUCAGAGAUGGGUGAGUAUUCCAGCCCUGAAACACAGUUCCACUUCUUGUUGCUCAGAUUUUCCCUCAUGGCUCCUCAGGCUCAGUCAGGACCUCUGGGAAGUGUCCCAGAUUGCAUACUGGGAAUUUGUUAGUUUCCUAACAAACACUCCCAGUAGGUGCCCUACUGUAGGCAUGUCAAGGCUGGGUUUCAACUCCCUCCCUCUCCAAACAUAAGGCUCUCAGAACCACUAAACGACAGAUGGUGGGCUACUUUUCACCAGACUGUCCCAAUCUCUUGAUCCUAUUCAAAGAGGAAGAGAACAGGAGAUGGGGUGAGUUUCUUCUAUGGCUUGUCUACUACAGGAAAGGAAUAUAAUGGUAGGUAAUGGGGAUAACCCCAUUGGGCACCGUUCUAAUUACGGAUGUCAAUAAUUGGAAUUGGAAUACCAACUUCACAACAACCCUAAUGUGUGUGCCACUAUCAUCUUUAUUUUGCAGAUGGGGAUAUGGCAGCACAGUUGUUAAGAAACUAAUCCAAGGUCACUCAGAAAGUGACAGAUUUGGGGUGCUAAAACAGCCUGGGACCAGCCUCGUGGAAGAAUCUCCUUCAGAUUAUGCCUAGGCAGAGACCUGGAUAAUUAGGGAGUUAUAUCUGGGUGAAGCAGUGAGACAAAAGCCGUUUAGGUGGGAGAAUAUGCCCAAAGACAUAGAGGCAACAGCCUGGCAUGUGUGUGUCAGACUUCCAUUUCAGGCAGAUGGUUCUGCUGGCUGCAGGAUGGACUGAAAUGAGUGCACAUGACCCUUUAGGAAACUUUUUGUCCAGCCAGAACCUGAUGGGGUCAGAUCUAGGAUGGCAGGAACAGAGACAGAGAAGGUGGCCUAGAUUUGAGGAAAUAAAAAUCAGCAGGACUUGAUGGUUGCAAUUUGUUGGGUUUGUUCAUUAUUUACUCAGCAGAUAUGUAAGAAGUACUUGCUAUAUGUCCAUCAGCACUAUGAUAGAGAAGCUGCAUGUACAAUGUUAACAGCACAUUUACCAUCCUUGCUCUGUAGAACCUACGAUUCAAGUUUGGGCCCAGAGAAGGAGAGGAGGGAUUCCAGGGUGCCUUGAAGAUUCCAUUAGGGCAGGUGGUGUUCCUCAAACCAAACAGUGACCAAUUAAUGAGGGGUUCAAUCAUACCAGUGGAUCUUGAACAGCAUCUUACUUAGGGAAAAUAGAACAGAACAUAUCAGGGUGCCUUGAAUGCCAUAAGGGAAAUUCUGUUUCUGUUAUAUAUGUACAAGUCUGUAUUGGAUUAACAUGUGCAGUGCAUUUCUUAGUGAGGGUCGAGUAAACCUUGUAAAACCUUGGGUUAUGGAAAACCACACACUUAGAACUCUGAACUCCUUGAAGGGAUUGAUCAUGCCUUACAUUUUUGUUCCUGUAAAGUGGAUGGAUAAAUGGAUGGGUUAUGUAUGUAUAUGAUGGAUGGAAUUAAAAUGAAUGGGUAGCUGGGUGGAUGAAUGGAUGCAUGCAUGCGUGCAUAGAUAGGUAAGUGGACGGUGAAUGGAAGCAUUAUCAAUGAAGGCAAAAAAGAUCUACAGAAGUCAGUGUAGGGCAUGCUGAGUCUGAGGUAUCUAAGUGGUCGCAGGACAGUGCUGAUGGACAUAGAAGUAAAAGUCGCGGGAGAGAUCAGGGCUAGGAGGCCGAGGCUCUGCAGGCAGCACUAAAGGAGUUAACUGGGGGCGCCUGGGUGGCUCAGUCGGUUAAGCGGCUGCCUUCAGCUCGGGUCGUGAUCCCAGGGUCCUGCUGAGCAGGGAGCCUGCUUCUGCCUCUCCCUCUGCUUAUACUCUCUCGCUUGCACUCUGUCUCUCAAAUAAAUAAAUAUAAAAAUAAAGGGGUUAACCGUUUUGAGGAGAAAAGUUGGGAGGCACGCGAGCCCCCACGCGAGAUCCUUAGCCCUCACAGCAACUCCGCGCCACCGCAAGCCCCACCUCGCUGCGUUUCUGCAGCGCACGCCCCCGCCCCCGAGCGCAGCCUCUGAGAAGACGUUCUCACUACCACAAAGGUCUCCGGCUAGAAGGGCCGGAAGUGCACCAGAGCUCGAGCUUGGCCGCCGCACUCCCCCCCGUUUUGGGUCAGUUCCUGCGUACCGGCUCCGGUGAGACCGCCGAAUCUCAUGUAUCUGGCUAACUGGAGCGGCGGUAAGCCGCUCAAUGGCUUAAAUUGAUUCUUUCCACCUCUACUUAUUCUCACUAGUCUUUUCUUCUUCGGGCUGGCUGCAUGGCCGGCCGGGCUCCCAGCUGUGGCGUCCCCUGGGGCAUCAUAGAGAAUGUGGUCCUCCGUCGGCUCAGUCUACCCCUUCCCGAGUGUGGGUUAGAGCGCCUGCGUCAUUUUCUGUCGCCUCGGGCUGGGUGAGGAGUGUCGACACCUGAGGAGGACGCCGCUGGAUCGGGUAAACCCGGAGGGAAGCAAGAAACGUCAGGAUCUGGGUUUGCAAGUUGAGCCUCAAAGGAAAGUGAAGGCUGCAGCCUGGUUCAGCCCCCGCUGCCCUUGGAGGGCGGCUGAGUCUGGACCGCGGGCUUUCGCGCCUUGAGCUGGAAAAAGCCUGAGGGAAGGGAGGAAGGCAUCUCUGCGGGCCUGAGGAGGAAGAGCAGGGUUGAGAACAGCCUUGGGUCACAAGCGUAGCUUGGAGGCAGGCCCGCAAAGCAGUCCCCCAGCUCCUCAGCUCCGAGCUGAGGCAUCCACACACACAGACUGCGCAUUAAAAUGGCUGGCUAUGCCACUAUUCCUAACCCCAUGCAGACCCUUCAGGAGGAAGCGGUUUGUGCCAUCUGCCUGGAUUACUUCAAGGAUCCUGUGUCCAUAGGCUGCGGGCACAACUUCUGCCGAGGGUGUGUGACCCAGCUGUGGGGCAAAGAUGAGGAAGACAGGGAAGAGGAGGAAGAUGAAUGGGAGGACGACGAUGUGGAGGGGGCCAUCGGUGGAUGGGACAACUCUAUUCGAGAGGUUUUGUACCAGGGCAAUGCUGAUGAGGAGGUGUUCCAGGACCAAGAUGAUGAACUCUGGGUUGGUGACGGUGGCGUCAGAAAUUGGGACAACGUGGACCAGGAGGAAGAGGAGGAGGAAGACCGGGACUAUUACCUGGGAGGCUUGAGACAUGACCUGAGAAUUGACGUCUACCCAGAAGAGGAGAUAAUGGAAGAAUACGAUGAGGACGACCAAGAGCUGUAUCCUGACACCCACCUGCCUCCUCCGGCCCCUCCACGUCAGUUCACCUGUCCCCAGUGCCGAAAGAGCUUUACACGUCGCAGCUUUCGUCCCAACUUGCAGCUGGCCAACAUGGUCCAGAUAAUUCGCCAAAUGUGCCCCACUCCUUAUCGAGGAAGCUGGGGGAAUGACCAGGGCAUCUGCUCCAAACACCAGGAAGCCCUGAAGCUCUUCUGUGAGGUGGACAAAGAGGCCAUCUGUGUGGUGUGCAGAGAAUCCAGGAGCCACAAACAGCACAGUGUGGUGCCAUUGGAGGAGGUGGUGCAGGAGUACAAGGUUCAGCUGUUGACUGCUGUAUCACAAGUCAGACUGUUUAAACUUGCUCCUCGCUACUCCUGUGGCUGUACCUGGGACCUCAUCUUUACACAGACUUGCUACACAUCUGAAAUCCUCAUCUCCAGUUGCACUAUGACCUUAGCUCUUAGCCUUCUAGUGCAGUCAAACACACUCCAGUUAUACCUGCCCUUCAGUUUUAUGGAGGCCACAGUUCCACUGACUCCUAAUUUUUUUCCUUCCCAAUUUAAUAGACACUUGCUAGCCUUAAUUAUUAUCCCACUGAGCCUGGACCUUAUGAGUAGUCGGGACUUUUAAGAACUGAUCCACACUGUAGCCUAGAUCUAUGUUUCUCAACCUCAGCACUAUUGACAUUUUGAGUAAGAUAAUUAUUUUCGGGGGAGGGGGGCUGUCCUGUGCACUGUAGGAUGCCUAGCAGCAUCCCGGGACUCUACCCACCAGAUGUAAGUAGCACUCCCCCACCAGCUGUGAAAACCACACAUAUCUCCCAACAUUUCCAAAUGUCUUGUGGAGAGGGGUGAGAGAAACAAAAUCAUCCGUGGUUGAGAACCAUUGGUCUCUACUCAGGGAAAGUGGUCAAAUCCACAGAUGUGCCAUUACCAGCUUUACAUAUGUCCUAUAGCCAGUGACUGACCUACAUGUUUAAAAGUGUUGAAUGGAAGAAUAGCUCCACCUAGCUAGAACCUUAUUAAACGCAGUCUUAGUGGAUUAAUUGAUACGACUCAUACUUCUCCCAGCUCUUGGCAGGCAGGUGGCAGAGUCAGCAGACCUUUUUUUAAACCAGAGCUGCCUCUGUCACUGCCAUUUGGGAGAACAGGGGCUAUGACAGAUAAAGCAGUAUAUGAAAUGAAGAUCUAGAAAUGAUGAGUAAGGCAAUCACUUCAGCAAACAUCAGUUUCAGCAGAGCCAAUCACUUUGACAGUCAUUUUUUUUGCUUUGGUUUUUAAGUAUUAUGCAGAACUUAUAAAACCAGAACCUGUCUGUUCCUGUUGGUGUGUGUGGCCCUGGAAUCACACAUAUAACAUCAGCUCCUAAAGCACUUCCUUAAAACCUAGGUCUCCUGCCACUGGCCAUCAACCUCUGGCCCCUAUGCCAUGCCUCCAGAAAUCUUUAUAGGACCUAGAGUUCUAUGCUAUUCUCCACCCCCAAUCCCUGACCCCCCGCCCCCGAAAGUUAUCCUGUAAUAGUGAGGUUAUUACAUUUACCAACUGCUAAAAUAGGGUAACAAAUAGGGGGACAUAAGACAGCCUGCUGUACCAGGUCUAAAAGGACUUUGCAACAAUGGAAGUGUUCUCAAUCUGUGCUGUUUGAUGUAGUAGGUAUCAUUAGCUACCUUGAGCUUGAGCUCUUGAAAUGUGUCUAGUCCAACUCAGGAACUGAAUUUUUAAUUGUAUUUAAUUUUAAUUAAUUUGAAAUAGCCAUACAUGGCUAGUGGCUGUCAAAUCACAAUGAAUUGUACAGUUCCAUAGAAAUAAGACAGGUUGAAUUCUGGUCCUUUCUAGGACUCUCAGGAGUAGAAGCAAGUCCACAGGGAAGAUGAAAAAGAAGUGGGAACUCUCUUUUCCCAAUCAAGAGAGGUAGGCUCAAAGGUGGUAUUUUGGGGCAUAGAAGAAAAUAUUUAAAAGAAGGCCUUCUUGUAUUUUUUAAAAAUGUGACUAAAACAGUCUUGAACCAGUUCCACUUGUGAUUCAUGUGGAUCACAUGUGAGAAAUGUGAUAGAGGAGAACUCUAAUAGGAAGUAGCUAAAAAACAAACCGUUUUACCCUCUUCCCAAAAAAGAGCCGGGGCUGGGGCCUCAAAAUAGGAGGAAUAUAAGAAUAAAUAAGGUUUUAUUUGGUGCCUGACUUUUUGACAAUGGGAUGUGGGGCAAAACCUAGCAUUAAAGUAGGUAAGUGGGUUCUUCCCUUUCUCCUCUCACACCUAAAUCCUGACAGGGUGAUAAAGAAAUCAUGGAGUCCUAGAAGGGAAAGCAGUCUGUACUGGUAGUGAUAAUGAGAAAAGAGGAAGUGAGAGGUUUUCGGAAUAACGGGGCUGAAAAGGAGGAGACUGUGAGAACUAAAAGUGGUGACAAAUUUAACUUUUAAUGAUAUAGUCUUUGCCCACGAACCAUAGUCCUCAGAGGUACAGUCUGAGAACCCUGGGCAGGGGGAAAUAGCUCAUCUUGGCAUGUGAGAAGUUGGAGGAGGAGAUGUGACAGUAGACCAGCAAAGAAGGAAGGAAGAGUUACUACUCUUCUCCCCACCUCUAUCCCUCCCAAAGGAGGAAAAUGAGCUAGAAAUAGCCUUAAAAAACAGGAAGGGGCUUAUUCUUAUUCGUCCAUAGCUUAGGCCUUCCUAAUCUUUUACCCCAUCCUAAAGGACUCAGAUGCAGAGUUGGUCAGAGACUUCUGAUUGACAAUUCCACUUGGUACCAAGCAGGGCCCCACAAAAAUGAAGGACAAAGGUCACCUGGAAGAGGAUCACUGGAGGUCACACCCCCUUUCUGUCUGCAUUUCUUAAGCACAUAGAAUCCUCUCUCUCCCCCUCCAGCAGAGGAUGGAAUUUCUCAGCAAGCUCUGGUUAUUUAACCCAAGUAUGAGCAGGAAGGACUGUUUCCUCUUCAGCCUUCUUAUCUUGUGGUAAGUAGCCAGCCUCAAAGUUCCAUUUCAACAUAUUCUCCCAACCCUAGUUCUUAUCAAAUUCUCUUCCAGGUAAAAAGCUGAAAAAAAGGGCACCCUGGGUCACCUUUUGUUUCUCCCUACCACCUAAUGGUGUUCUAAAUCCUUUAACAAGCUAGAGGCUUGCCUUCUCCUAGCAUGUUUAUAAUUCUGCCUGGACUACAGUCCAGACCUGCCUGGGUCAUGCCCACUUCCACAACCUCUGACUGCAUAUCUGCUGAAGCACCUAGGGUCUGGGGAAUCCCACAGUCCA